GCCUCGGCCUUUCCCCUCAGGCCUCCUUCUCCCCUUCCUCGCGCUCCCUUCCUCCUUUUCCCUCCCUCCUUCCUUCCUUCCUUCGUUCCUUCCUUCCCUCCCUCCAAAGCGGCAGCAGCAGCGGCGACGGCGCCCCCAGCGGCUCCCUCCCGAGCAGGCCUCGCCCCGCCGCCGCGGCCUGAGGCGAAGCAGCCGCCGCCGCCGCCUCAGCAGAGAAGGCGCUGAAUCCCCCGUCGCCUCGCCUGGCUGGGAGGCGGAGCGAGCAGGAGGCCCCGAGCGAAGCAGCAGGCCGGCCCAAGCCCGGGAGCUGCGCCGGCGGGAGGCGGGCGAAGAGGCAGGCGUCGCCGCCGCCGCCGGCCUCCCUCUCUCUCUCUCCAUCCACCCCUCCUCCGCCCGCCCGUCCCUCGCUCGGCACAGGCAAGAUGGCGGCCGUGGAGCUGGAGUGGGUGCCCGAGACGCUCUACAACACCGCCAUCUCGGCCGUGGUCGACAGCUACGGCCGGGCGCGCCGCAGGGACAUCCGCUCCUUGCCCGAGAACAUCCAGUUCGACGUCUAUUACAAGCUUUACCAACAAGGCCGACUAUGCCAGCUAGGUAGUGAAUUCUGCGAACUGGAAGUUUUUGCAAAGGUGCUUCGAGCUUUAGAUAAAAGACAUCUACUUCAUCACUGUUUUCAGGCAUUGAUGGACCAUGGAGUAAAGGUGGCAUCCGUGUUGGCCUAUUCGUUCAGCAGGAGGUGUUCCUACAUAGCAGAAUCAGAUGCUACUGUAAAAGAAAAAGCUAUCCAGAUUGGAUUUGUCUUAGGAGGCUUCCUCUCGGACGCCGGCUGGUACAGCGAUGCUGAGAAGGUCUUCCUCUCCUGCCUUCAGUUAUGUACGCUUCACGAUGAGAUGCUCCACUGGUUUCGUGCGGUGGAGUGUUGCGUGAGGUUGCUGCACGUCCGGAAUGGCAACUGUAAAUACCACCUGGGAGAAGAAACGUUCAAAUUAGCGCAGUCUUACAUGGACAAGCUAGCAAAGCACGGCCAGCAAGCCAACAAAGCUGCUCUAUAUGGGGAGCUGUGUGCCCUGCUCUUUGCAAAGAGCCAUUACGAUGAGGCUUACAAAUGGUGCAUAGAAGCCAUGAAGGAGAUCUCAGUUGGAUUGCCAGUAAAAGUAGUCGUGGACGUUUUACGGCAAGCUUCUAAGGCUUGUGUUGUAAAACGUGAAUUUAAGAAGGCCGAACAGUUAAUAAAACAUGCGGUGUAUCUUGCACGGGAGCACUUUGGAGCCAAACACCCAAAAUAUUCAGACACACUACUAGACUAUGGGUUUUACUUACUCAACGUAGACAAUAUAUGCCAGUCAGUUGCAAUUUAUCAGACCGCGCUAGACAUCAGACAGUCAGUAUUUGGGGGCAAAAACAUCCAUGUCGCAACAGCUCACGAAGACCUGGCUUACUCUUCCUACGUUCACCAGUACAGUUCUGGGAAGUUUGACAAUGCACUAUUCCAUGCGGAGCGUGCGAUUGGCAUCAUAACCCACAUUCUCCCAGAAGACCACCUUCUCCUUGCCUCCUCCAAAAGAGUUAAAGCACUGAUCUUGGAGGAGAUUGCGAUUGACUGUCACAAUAAGGAGACAGAACAAAGGCUACUCCAGGAAGCCCACGACUUACACCUGUCUUCGCUCCAGCUUGCCAAGAAAGCCUUUGGGGAGUUCAACGUGCAGACGGCAAAACACUAUGGUAACCUUGGCAGGCUUUACCAGUCCAUGAGGAAAUUUAAGGAAGCGGAAGAGAUGCACAUCAAAGCGAUCCAGAUCAAGGAGCAGCUUCUCGGCCAAGAAGAUUAUGAAGUUGCUCUUUCCGUGGGACACCUUGCCUCGCUCUACAACUACGACAUGAAUCAGUACGAAAACGCCGAAAAGCUUUAUUUGAGAUCCAUAGCAAUUGGGAAGAAGCUUUUUGGGGAAGGUUACAGUGGACUAGAAUAUGACUACAGGGGCCUCAUUAAACUGUACAAUUCCAUUGGCAAUUACGAGAAGGUAUUUGAGUACCACAACAUUUUGGCCAACUGGAACCGGUUGCGGGAUCGGCAGUUUUCAGUGACAGACGCCCUUGAGGACGUGAGCACCAGCCUGCAAUCCACUGAAGAAGUUGUCCAGUCUUUCCUGAUGUCUCAGACCGCCGAAGGACAGAUUUGCUAAGGACCUUGGUCAAUUUUACCAACGACUAUUUUUUUCCCCCUUCUUCUGUUCCCUCCUCCCCAAAUUUACAUGGGAAAAGUCAUACUGUGAAAUUUGAAACCAUGUAGUUUUGUGUGUGUGUUUUUCUCUCUCUCUGAGGGGGCUGCAAUUGCAUUGAAACACUGGUCCAGUCCAUUAGAAAUCCCCUGUUUUCUCGGGGAGGGGAGGAAUCUCAGCUUUGAAUGGAGUGACCAUAACAGACGAAUGUGUGCUAAAAUUCUUACCAGCAUGAGUACGGCAUGUUUUGUUUUGGCUCACGUUUUCAACGAGAGAGAGAGAGAGAGAGAGAGAGAGAGAGAGAGAGAGAGAGAUACAUAUACAUAUAUAUAAAUAUAUAUAUAAAGGAAGAAGAAAAAACCCCCCCAUAAACACCCCUAACGAUGUUCUCUUAUUUUUUAUUUUUUUGUCCAAGCGAAGCUACUUUACACGAAAUCUCUGCGAGAAUGGAAAGAGAGCAAUAAAGCCAUUAAACCAU